ACGUGUGGUUUUGUGUUUGUGUUCGUAUUUGUUUAUGGUUUGUGAUGGAUAAGGAGGCUACGUUGUUAUGAAAAUUUUGCUCGAUAUUUUGCAUAAUGUCGAAGAAAGUAGUGUCGUACUUUUACAAUCCAGAUGUGGGCAAUUUCCAUUAUGGACCAGGACAUCCUAUGAAGCCACACAGACUUUCUGUUAUUCACAGUCUUGUUCUGAAUUAUGGACUUUAUAAAAAAAUGCAGAUUUAUAGACCAUACCGCGCGUCAGCACAUGACAUGUGUAGAUUUCAUUCUGAUGAAUACAUAGACUUUCUCCAGCGUGUGACACCACAGAAUUUGCAGGGCUACACGAAAUAUUUAAGUCACUUUAAUGUUGGUGAUGACUGUCCAGUUUUCGAAGGACUGUUUGACUUUUGCUCAAUGUAUACAGGAGCUUCAUUGGAGGGUGCAAUGAAGCUGAAUAACAAUUGCUGCGAUAUAGCAAUAAACUGGUCCGGUGGUUUGCAUCAUGCCAAAAAAUUUGAAGCUUCAGGUUUUUGUUAUGUGAAUGACAUUGUAAUAGCAAUAUUAGAACUUCUGAAGUAUCAUGCUCGUGUGUUGUACAUAGAUAUUGACGUUCAUCAUGGGGACGGCGUGCAGGAAGCGUUUUACUUGACAGAUAGGGUGAUGACAGUUUCUUUUCACAAAUACGGAAAUUAUUUUUUUCCUGGUACUGGUGAUAUGUACGAAAUAGGAGCUGAAAGUGGUCGUUAUUAUUCCGUGAAUGUACCCUUAAAGGAGGGUAUCGAUGACUCGAGUUAUUUUCAAGUGUUCAAACCUGUUAUAUCAAGUGUAAUGGAAUUCUACCAACCUACUGCCAUAGUUUUACAAUGUGGUGCAGACUCUCUUGCAAAUGACCGUCUUGGAUGCUUCAGCUUAAGCACGAAAGGUCAUGGUGAAUGUGUAAAAUUUGUGAGGGAUUUAAAUGUGCCUCUUUUGGCAGUUGGAGGAGGGGGUUAUACAUUAAGAAAUGUUGCUAGAUGUUGGACAUAUGAAACAUCACUCCUUGUAGAUGAACAAAUUAGUAAUGAACUACCAUAUACUGAAUACUUAGAGUACUUUGCUCCUGAUUUUACAUUGCAUCCAGAGGUUGUAACCCGUCAAGAUAAUGCAAAUAGCAAGCAGUAUUUAGAAACAAUAACAAAACAUGUGUAUGAUAAUUUGAAAAUGUGUCAGCAUUCUCCCAGUGUACAAAUGCAUGAUGUUCCAGGAGAUGCCUUUCCAUCCCAAGAUGAAGUUGGACAUGAUGAACCAGAUCCUGAUGUGCGAGUAAGUCAAGCAGAAGAGGAUCGGAGGAUUGAGCAAAAAAAUGAGUUUUAUGAUGGAGAUGAGGAUCAAGAUAAGGAGAAUUUAGGUCCAUGAGAUUCCUGAUCAGGAGACAUAUGCAUGUAGAAUCAUCUUUUUAUAAGAGUGAUCAUCAUACAAACUUAGAUGUAAGGCUAAUUGUAUUUUUAACUUUUAUUUUUAUUAGAAAUUGAAAGAGAUUUUGCCACUAAAUCUUAUUAACUUCUGGCAGCAUUCUAUUUUUAUGUUUAAUGUUUAGGGGUAAUAACUAAAGAGAUAAGGUCACUUCUUAUCUGACAGAACUGUUAACACAUUCAUUGUGUUGAGAUGUGCCAGACUGUUCUUCCAUUUCAGAUAUUCGUUUCAUAUUUCAUGAAAUUUUCAACAGUUAUACUGUAUAGAUAACUUACUAAUACUACAUCAGUUUUUCAAUCAAGUGCCCUCUAAUGGUGUAGCAGUGGUACUUUUUGUCAGUGUGCAUAAGCUGUGCUUGAAUAUAGCCUAUAAAAUUAAUUUAUGAUGCAAACUACUAAAAAUUGCUAACAGACUUAGUGUGACUCUUUAGGCUAACAUUCAAAAAGAUAUAUUUGUUUUGGUCUUACUGUUUUGUUACUUUGCUUGUAGGAGGGAAUGUGCACCUCUAAUCAAUUUAUUGUGAAGAUUUUCACAAAUGUUAAUUUUUUGUGUGUAUUUCAGUCACGUAUUUUAUAACACCAAACAUACCGGUAGGGAAUUAUCACAGAAUGUUCACAUUCUGGAUGAAUCUUUCAGUGUAGAAUUAUAAGUUAAUAACAUAAUUCAUAUUCAGAUAAAGGGAAAAGUGUGCAUGAGCUUCCAUAUGUGCAUUAUUGUGUUUAUGUACAUAUGCGUGCUCAAAUGCGAUAAAACUUAGUUUUAAAAAAAUAAUAUAUUGAUAGUAACUGUACAGUCUUUCAGCAAAAUACAGACAUAGUCACAUCAAGUAGAACACAAAAGGUCUUCCAUUAUUGGCACAUUAUAAGUUUUAACACUUUGUUUUCAUAGUACAUAGCUUAAUUUAUUUCUUUUAGAGGUUAGAGCGAAAGCAUCAUCACUACCAGCAGUUUGUUUAUAUUUGUAUUUGUGUUAUUAUUUUCGUUAUUAUUAUUACUACUACUGCUAUUAUGAUCAUCAUCAUUGUCAUCAACGCUCAAUUUGUGACAGUACGCACCAGUGUGCCUCUGAUGAAAAAUAAUCAAAACUACAGAUUUUGAGUUUUGGUAUUAUAGAGCUUUUGCUACAGCUAAAUCAGUAUAAAACAAAUGUUAUAGCGACACUUUUAAAAUGUUCAGAAUAAACAUUAGAAUAAUAUUUUAAGAAACUUCCAGGCAGAUUAAAACUGUGUGCCCAGAUCAAGACUCGAACUCAGGGCCUUUGCCUUUUGCAGGUAAGUGCUGUACCACAUGAGCUACCCAAGCACGACUCCGACCUGUCACCACAGCUUUAAUUCUGGCAGUACCUUGUCCCCUACUUUCCAGACUUCACAGAAGCUCUCUUUGCAGACCUUGGAGAACUAGCACUCCUGAAAGAAAGGAUAUUGCAGAGACAUGGCUUAGCCACAGCCUGAGGGAUAUUUCCAGAACAGUUGUCUGCGAAAGGCGAAGGUCCUGAGUUUGAGUUUCGGUUGUCUUGCCUGCUUCACUGUACCACUGAGUUUGUAUCAUUGGACAAGAGUUUAAAUAUUGUAAGACUAAUGUCCAUCAUAAAUUUCAGACAUAUCCACAGAUUCAUGCUACAAAAUGGCUGUGCUCAUACUUUGUAAGAAAGAGUACAUCAGGGGGAAAGCUGAGUAGAAGUAAUAAUAACAACAAUGAUGGGGUUGACAGAAGCGUACGAUCCCACGCGUCGGCUUUGACCCGUGACGUAAGGGUGUUCUCGUGUGUGACGUCAUGACGGUACGGAGUUUGGUUUGAGUGUGGCUGUCUCCAGUUCUGUUUUAUCUUAUUUUAUUUACUUUUCUGAUCUGUUGGUUCUAUCUCGUGAGAUUUUUUUUAAAAUUUAAAAACACUUAUUACUUAUUUUAAUGUUUCCUCCAAUUUCUGUUUUAGUUUAUUAUAUUUAUCUUUCUGAUCUGUUCAUUCUAUCCCAUGAGAUUUUUUUUUUUUAAAAGACAAAAAACACUAAUCAGCUAUUGAAGCAUCUUUAUCUUCUAUGGGUUGCAGGGGUUACGACCCCUGGGGAGGUGGGUGGGUAUUCAUGCAUGGCUGUCUUCACUUACACGUUGUAGCUACGCAAGGUGUCUAAAUUUGUUUAUAUUUUGUUUGCUCCCCACCCAAAACACCCCAUUUCUCACGCUUGUCCCUUUAGUGUCAUUAGGCUUCUUGUGGAAAGUGUGUGUGUUUGUUUUUGUUUCUGCCAUAUUUGUGACAUCAUGGGUCAAAGCAGACGGGCGGGAUCAGACGCUUCCGUAUUUCCCAAUGAUGAUAAAUAUCUAUGUCUUUGGCAAAAAUAGAUUAAUAUUGUUCUUGUGAAUGACCAUUUUGGGAGCUACAUGUUCAAGUGCCAUAAAUGUUUUAAUUUUAUGUAUGACCUAAUACUUGGAUGGAAUUUGAUUGAACAACUGUUAAUAGAAAAAUUAAUUUAAUGCUUGCAUCCUUGAAUAUAGUCAUUCAGAUCAUGCAAAUUUUUAGUGUUUCCUGGAAUGCAUACAUUUUACUUAGUCAAGUUCUGGAGCUUUUAAUACUCUAUAAUUUACAGUGAAUGAAAGAUUUGGGAAGUUUCGUGCAGAUCUCAGAAGUUUAUUAUUUAAUCAUUAGCAAAGAUUUGAGAGAGCAGAAUGCUCUUAAAAAUGUACUUAUUUUGAAUCACUAGUUAAGCCUGUGUUCAUAUAGCUAGUUAUUUUGUUUGGACUCAAUACUGUGAGGCGGCAUGAUGUGAAUGUUAAAGGCCACAAUUCUGAUCAAAAAGUGUGUGGUAGAAUCACAUGAACAGAUUAGGCUUGUAUUUAGCAUUUAAUGGGUGUUGCGUAAGAAUAAAUACAAAUUAUAGCAGUAAUGUGAUGGCAUAUAAUAUUGUUUCAAGUUUUUAAAAAAAUAAUAAGAAUGAGAACCUAAAUUUAUUAAGAUAAAAUAAUAAUUUUUGCAGAUCAUAUCACAUAUUUUCUAUGCUUCUUAAAUAUAAUUAUUUAAUUACCAGGUUAAAGUAACUUUUGUAGUAUGCACUUUGUUCUUUUCAUUACCAGUGUUGGCUCAAAGGAGACAGUUUUAUCAUUCCUAAGGUUGCAUACAUUCUGCGUUGGGUUUUACCCAGUCAUGCAUGAGAUUACUGAUCUUCUUUCUAUCCAUACAUUCCACUUCAUUAUAGCAGUUAAUUUGAAUACUGAGAUAUAAAAUUUGUUAUUAAAAUAAAAUUUUUAUUUUCAACCUACA